AUGCCAAGACUGGGGAAUCCAGAGAGGGCCCGCCCAAAUCUGAGAACCCACCCAGAGGCGAGGAAAGUUGAGGCUGUAGCUGUGGAUGAACAAAUCCAGACUCCUCAAGUACAAGAAGAGCUCCAAAUAGUGAAGCUGGAAGAAGAUUCCCACUGGGAGCAGGAAAUUUUUCAAGGGAGUAUCCCUGAACCAGAGACCUGCCAGCACUUUUGGUACUUCCACUAUCAAGAAGCAUCAGGACCCCGGGAGGCACUCAUCCAACUCCAGAAGCUCUGUCAUCAGUGGCUGAGACAGGAGAAGUGUAUGAAAGAGCAGAUCCUGGAGUUGCUAGUCCUGGAACAGUUCCUGGCUGUCCUUCCCCAGGAGAUCCAGAUCUGGGUUAGACAGAAACAUCCAGAGAGUGGAGAGGAGGCAGUGGCUCUGGUGGAAGACUUGCAAAAAGAACCUGGAAGACUGGGGCUGCAGGCAGUGGUGAAGAACUCACAGCCAGAACCAGAAGACCAAAUGAACCACAGCCCCAAAGUAAAACUUGGAUCCUUCCACGAGAGCGGCCUGCCUGAUUCUCAGGCUCUGGCUCUUUCUCCGGAGCACAGCUGUGACCAGGGGGCCAUAAGCAGCUUCCAGGUGGGCCAGACAUUCCUCUUACUCAGGUCACCUUCUACUACUGAGUGGGGCCCUUUGCACCAGUUCUCUUGCCUAUCGGAAAUUACAAAGGAAUUUUGCCCAGCGGGCAGGCCCAGUAACUUUAUAGAUGAGGCUCCAAAUUUCAUCACCUUGAAAAAUGUUGCCCAAAUCUCCUUCCUUGUGUAA